AUGGCGCACUCUUCUCCCUCGCGGAGGAGCCACAGCAAGGACUAUGUCAAGCAGAGUCCUGAACGUGGUUUCGUCGCAGACUUUCUCUCCGAGAACCGCAACUCCGAACUGAGCCAUCGCGAUGCGCUCGCCGCCGCCCAGCUCGAACAUGAGCGCGUGCGCCUUGCCGCCUUGAGAGUCUACGAGGUGCAUCAGUUGCAGGAGGAGAAGCAGAGGCUGGAAGCUGAGCAGCGGAGAAUAGCUCAGCUCCAAAAGGAGGAAGAGGAGCGAUUGAAGGCCGAGGCCGCAGUUCGCGCCGAACAGCAGAGGCUCAGAGAGCUCAAGGCGAAGCAGAUCCCUCAACUUCCUCCCGAACCAGAGCCUGAACCGCCAAGGCCUGCUCCAGUGCCGGCAAAGAAGCAAGAGCAACAGGUGAAUGGGACAACAGCACAACAAGUCAAGGCCGAGGCCCCUACCGCUCCAACGGCUCAGAGGUUACAGCCAACUCCCGUGACCAACGCUGCGCCGGCCCUUCAAGCCGCGAAAGCUCCUCUCGCAACACCACCACAGCCAGCCGCGACGCAGGCGACAGCUCCAGCGGCCCAAGCCAAUGGCUUCCUGACGAAACCUGCGGAGCCUGCACCGCCCAAGCCGGCUGCACAGCCUGCCGCGGCCGCACCAGCAGCUGCUCCAGCCAGCGACCGAUAUCUCGAAAUACACCAAGCAUUGAAGAAGUUGCGAAAAGACGUUGAGGCUCUAUCAAAACAACCAGGGAAUCCGUUGAAGGGCAAAUUGGGCGACAUGCGCCGACAGAUCAGGAAGUCCAUCGGCCAGCUGACUGCUGGCAAGGGGGCAAACGUCCAACCCAUGAACACGAUCAACACUACGUUGCGCGAGUCCCUCGAUGGAAGGAUACAGUCGCCGCUAGUGGACGUCUGCAAUUACGUCCAACAAAACAGGGAACCGGUCGAGGGAGCCGUCCACAACGGCGCGCAGCUCCCAGCCUUGUUCAUCUACCUGCUCAACAUUCUCUCCAAGGCAAUCAUAGGACAGUUCGCCAACGAGGGUGGAGCGAACCCGAAGUCGGCUGAGCCAGUCGGCAUCGUCACCGCCCAGAUCUUUUCUAACAAGGACUACCACUGGCGCGGUGCCUCCCUGAUCGACGUUCUGAUCGCCAAGUUCCGCGUGGCCUGCCCCGUCUUGUUCGGUUCUAGGGGAAGCGACAAGACCAAGCUGGGCCGCCAGGCCAUCGGGUGGAAGAUGGAGAACGGCAACUACAUCCCCGAGCAGGCGCACAACGACAGGAUGACGGGCCUCGGCGCCGGUUUCGCGGCUAUUGCCCUGCGCGACUUCAGCAAGGCCUCCAAGACGAACCCGUACCCCCCGACGAACUACUGGAGGGCCAUGGCCCAGAUCGUCAACUCGCCCCCGCAGCUCGUCUCCAACACGCAGUACAUCGUGCUCAAGUCCAUGAUCGACGGCCACCAGCAGCGCUUCAUCAACUUCUACGGCAACGCCGCCAUCGCCGCCCUGCGCAUGGCCCUCGUAGAUUUUCCUAAAAAGGCGCCCGCUGGAGCCACAGCCGCGCAGGCCCUUCAAGUUCUCGCGGACGUCAUGAGGAGAGAUUCCGGAUUAGACUUGUCAUAA